AUGUUUGUAUGGUGGGUAGGUAGCGCACCUGUAGUCCUCCCGCACUCUACUGGGGAACGAUCCCAGUGCCCCACCAACAUGCCGCACUCUUCCCCAUUCUCCUCCUUUUCCCACUCUCCCCUUUUCCCCACCCUCCCACCUGCCCUAUGCUCCGAAUCUCCGUUUCACCCCGUUCCCACCUCCCACCUGCCGUGUGCUGAUUCGCGAAUUCUUGAAGUCGGACUGCUGAGUGCUGGUGGUGGGAGCGGGUGGGCUGGGCUGCGAGCUGCUCAAACACCUGCUGUGACCCACCCUUUUCUCCGUACCACCCCGUUCCCACCUCUCACCUGCCCCGCCCUCCUCCUCGCCACCCCUUCCCCACCAUGUCCAUUCAACCAGAUCCGCGACUUCUUGAAGGAGGACUGCCGAGUGCUGGUGGUGGGAGCAGGCGGGCUGGGCUGUGAGCUGCUAAAGGACCUGGUGCUGUCGGGGUUUGGCAGCAUAGACGUGAUUGACAUGGACACUAUCGAUGUGUCAAACCUUAAUAGGCAGUUUCUGUUCCGCCCGGCUGAUGUGGGCAAGCCCAAGGCGGUGGUGGCAGCAGAGCGAGUCAUGAGCCGCGUGGGCGGGGUGAAGGUGACCCCUCACUUCUGUCGCAUAGAGGACAAGCCCGCCUCCUUCUUCAGCGAGUUCAAUAUCAUCGUGUUGGGCCUCGACUCGCUGGAGGCGCGCUCCUACAUCAACAGCCUCGUCUGUGGCUUCCUAGAGUACUCUCCUGAAGGCGAGCUGGACUUAACCUCCAUCCGCCCCAUGGUGGACGGCGGCACGGAGGGCUUUAAGGGGCACGCGAGGGUGAUCAUCCCGGGGGUGACGCCGUGCUUCCACUGCACGCUGUGGCUCUUCCCCCCCCAGACCAAGUUCCCCCUCUGCACGCUCGCUGAGACCCCGCGCUCGCCCGCGCACUGCAUUGAAUACGCGCACCUCAUUCAGUGGGGCGAGGAGCGGCCAGGAGAGUCCUUUGAUGCGGACAACUUGGAGCACAUACAGUGGAUCUACCACAAGGCUCUCAUUCGCGCCCAGCAGCACAGCAUCACAGGGGUCACUCUCUCCCUCACGCAGGGAGUGGUGAAGAACAUUAUCCCCGCUAUAGCAUCAACCAAUGCCAUCAUAUCAGCAGUGUGCGCGCUGGAGACUCUCAAGAUCGCUACAAUGUGCUCCGCAGGGAUGAACAACUACGUGAUGUAUGUGGGCACGCAGGGCGUCUACUCACACACUGUGGCAUAUGAGAGGGACCCGGAGUGCCUCGUGUGCAGCGCUGGCGUGCCUGUGACCGUGCCUUCCACAGCCACUCUGCAGCAGUUUAUCGACCAGCUAUUGGCCGACUCUCGUUUUGCCGCCCGCUUGCAAGCACCGUCCGUCUCUUUCUAUGGAUCCAACCUCUACCUCCGUGCCCCUGCGGUGCUCGAAGAGGCAACUCGGCCGAAUCUUUCCAAGCCACUGAAAGAGCUGAUGGAUGGAGUGGGCUGUGUGAAUGGGGAGGAGGGCGGAGAGAAAAAGGGUGUUUCGGCUGGAGGGGUGUUGAAUGUGAACGAUAAGAAGCUAGCAGGUGUGCUUAGAGUGAGGGUCUCUUUCAAUGACGAACUUGCUACAAAAUACAACCUUCGCUACACUCUCGUGUUUACCGGGCCAGCCACCGCACCCAAACGAAUCGCCUUAUAUCAGAGGCAACAGCAGCAGCCCGUCAUCACGAUCCCCCUUCCCCUCCUCGCCUGCGCACAGCCCGCGCCUUCCGUGUGGCACUGCUCUGGCGCACCUGCCUCGCCUCCCCUCCCUGCUGCUCCCCUUGCCGCCCUCCUUGCUGCUGCUUCUGCUGGCGCUGCCGGUGGUAGCACUGCCGGUGGUAACACUCCUGGUGGUAACGCCGCGGGUAGAGACACUGCAAGUGGCAUCACUGUGAGCGGUACCAGUGGCAUUGGUUUCUCUGCUGCGGUGGUGGGCGCUGGGAGCAGCAGCAUGGGCGCGUUAUCUCAAGCCAAGGCGUUCUACGCUGUCCCCUCGGCGCUCACGCCGGUGCUCUACCCCACUGCGGCCGCCCAGCUGGGCGGAGCAGCCAAGGGAGGCGCCACUGUCUCUGUCUCCUCCACCAAUGCUCUCGCCAAGAUCAACUACCUCAUCAUCGUACUCAACCCCACUCAACCCCUCCGGUUGGUCAAGGUCUCCCUCUCACCCCCCUCCUCCGCCUCUCCCUCCACCUCCUCCUCCACCUCCUCCACCUCCCCUCUCUCCCUCGCCUGCACGUGGGUCGCCCCACUCCCCUCGGUGUGGGUCUGCCGAGGAACAGCCAUGGCGGCUCAGGUCUCCCCAGCAGCCAAGGCGGUGGCAGCGCUGCCAGCACUGCCUGCAGGGGCGAGGAGUGCAUGUGUGGUUGGAGUGAGUGUGGAAGGGGGGGUCGCUGCAACCCAAGCGGCACAGGGGGCGUUGGUGCGAGUGGACUUUUGA